AAUAAAAAAGAAUAGAGAGAGAGAUCAUAGAUAUAGAGAGAGAUGGAUGCAAACAUGGUGAUCAAAAAGCCACCUUCUUCUUCUUCUUCGCAUGAAGAAAUCAUGAUGCUGAAAGUUAAGGCAGCCAUGAGGCUGGUAUUGAUGGCAGUCUUUCUGGGGAGUCUUUUGAUGUGGAUCAUGAUGCCCACCAACACAUACAAGCUAGACUGGCUGCCCACUAUCCGAUCAAAGACUAACUCCACAUAUUUUGGGACGGAAGGUGCAACACUUCUGAUUUACACCUUUCCCGUUCUGUUUAUUGCUGCCGUGGGUUGUGUCUUCCUCCAUUUUGGAACCAAAUUGAAUAACGUUAGUAAAAUGCAAAGCAAUGGCAAAAAUCAUAAGUUUGCAGCCUGGAAGCAACCGGCGCUGGUAAAAGGCCCUCUGGGGAUAGUUUCAGGCAUAGAGCUGGGGUUUUUCAUCAUGUUCAUUGCACUCUUAGUUUGGUCUUUUGCAACAUAUCUACGCAACAAAUUCGCUAAAAUCACCCCAUCAUCAGCAGCAAAGAACGGCGAGGAAGUAUGGCAAUCUAAGUUGGACACAGCAGGUUUAAUUCUAGGACUGGUCGGAAACUUAUGUUUGGCAUUUCUCUUCUUCCCGGUGACUCGAGGGUCAUCGGUGCUGCCAAUAUUCGGCCUCACCUCAGAGGGUAGCAUCAAGUACCACAUAUGGCUUGGUCACAUCGUCAUGACUUUCUUCACUGCUCAUGGCACUUGUUUUCUUGUCUACUGGGCUCUCACCAAUAACAUUUCCCAGAUGCUUCACUGGGAAAAAACUGGGGUAUCAAAUGUGGCAGGAGAGCUAGCCUUGCUAGCCGGAUUAGCCAUGUGGUUUACAACAUUCCCUCGCAUACGCAGAAAAUUCUUCGAGCUCUUCUUUUACACCCAUUACCUUUACAUUCUCUUCAUGAUCUUCUUCAUUCUCCAUGUUGGCUUCACCUUCUGCACCAUGAUGCUGCCCUCUUUCUACCUCUUCGUUGUCGACCGUUACCUCAGGUUUCUACAGUCACGACAAAAUGUUCGAUUGAUUUCUGCCCGAGUUCUGCCUGGUCAAACUCUGGAACUCAACUUUGCCAAGAGUUUGGGCUUGAGAUAUAAUCCCUUGAGCGUGGUGUUCAUAAACGUGCCUACCAUUUCCAAGUUACAGUGGCAUCCAUUUACUGUGACUUCCAACAGCAAUUUGGAAGAUGACAAGCUCAGCGUUGUUGUUAAAGGCGAUGGAAGUUGGACCAAGAAGCUCUACCACAUGCUUUCAUCACCUACUAAUAAUUCCCUCCAUCGCCUCGAGGUCUCGGUUGAAGGACCGUAUGGGCCGGCUUCAACAGAUUUUUUCAGGUUUGACACCCUUGUGAUGGUGAGUGGAGGCAGCGGCAUUACUCCAUUCAUAUCUAUCAUUCGAGAGCUCAUGUUCAUGAGCAAUACGCCCAUGAAUUGCAAAAUUCCAAAAGUGAUCCUGAUCUCUGCAUUCAAGAAUUCCUCCGACCUCACCAUGCUAGACCUCAUCCUUCCUAUCUCUGCAACACCGGCCAGCUCUGACAUGAUCUCCAAACUGCAGCUACAGAUUGAAGCCUUCAUAACAAGAGAAGAAGAACCCAAAACAGAUAACUCAAUGCCCGGCCUUAGAGUCAUAAGGUUCAAGCCCCAUGAAACAGAUGCACCCUUGUCUGCCAUUUUAGGCCCCAACAGCUGGCUUUGGCUUGGCAUGAUAAUAGCAUCUUCCUUUGUCAUUUUCCUUUUGUUAACGGGAAUCAUUACUCGCUAUUAUAUAUAUCCUAUCGACCACAAUACCAAUAACAUAUUCUCGAGCUCUUGGAGAGCAGUGAUUAAUAUGUUAGUCUUGUGCUUCUGCAUAGCCAUGAUAGCCAGUGUAGCAGUUUUUUGGAACAAGAGGCAGAAUGCCAUUGAAGCUAAGCAAGUUCAGAACAUGGAACAAGGGGCAAUGGGGUCUCCGAGCUCUUAUCAUGAUAUGGAGUUGGAAAGCCUCCCUCACCAGUCUCUUGCCCAAGCUAUCAACGUGCACUUUGGUGGAAGACCUGACCUAAAGAGAAUGCUACUAGGGUCCCAAGGAUCAAGUAUAAAAGUUCUGGCAUCAGGCCCGAAGAGGUUGAGAAAUGAGGUUGCGGCCAUUUGUUCGUCAGGUUCUGCAGAUAAUCUGCACUUUGAAUCCAUUAGCUUUACUUGGUGAAAUCCUCAAAAGUCUGGCUCUGCUACAAAUUAGAAUUAAGGUUGUGUCUAUAUAUAUGCGUGUGUGUGUGUGUUGGUAGAAGUUGGAACUUCGUGUUUUUGUUCGAUACAAUAAUCGGAGGUGCAUGUAGCCGUCUAUGUUGAAAUUCUCUUGAUUUGAAAUGAAACGGAUCAAAUGGAGAGGAUCAGUUUUGUCAA